GAGCGGCGCAAGAGCGAUGUGACGAGACGAUAGGAGAGGCAAGGGACGGGAAGGAGAGGGGCGCGCAUUGUUGCAGAGCAUCGAUUAAGCGAGCGAGCGAGCGAGCGAGGCAUCGAUCGAAUUCGACAAUGGCGUCGGCAUCGGCUUUUCUGCCGUGCUCUCGAUUGCAAGCGGUGGCCAGCGCAGGAUUGAACGCGAGCGUCUCGGUGUCGUCGUCUCGAGCUUCUUCGUCGGGCGCUUCUUGCUCCUUUCCCGGGGCUGCGAAGCGAGUGGUGGCCGGAGGGUGCAGCACGAGGCUGCGCGUCGCUCGAUGCUGCAGUUUUUCCGUGGAAGAGGAGAACGAGGAUGUGGUCGGGCCUCCCGUGUUGAAUUUUCAGCCCAAGAGUAACAUGCCGGAGGCUCCUCCCGAGUGGAAGGAGAAGGAGGCCGAGAGGGUCGCGCUGAUGAUCGAGAAAGAGGGCAUCAGCAUCAGGCGCCGCCCCGAGACCGGGCCUCCGCUGCACAAUGUUGGCGCUUUCCAAUUCAAGCUGCAGAAUGCCGGGAACACUCCGCGCAAUAUUUUGGAGGAGAUUGUGUGGAGUAAGGAUAUCGAAGUCACCGGGAUGAAGGAACGGAUGCCCAUUGGGACAUUGAAGAGGCUGCUUGCUACUGCAGAGCCGGCUAGGGAUUUCGUGGGUGCUCUCAGAGAGAGAGCCGCCGAGACAGGAGUUCCGGGGCUCAUUGCGGAAGUGAAGAAGGCGUCUCCGAGCCGAGGAGUCAUUCAGCCUAAUUUUGAUCCCGUUCGAAUUGCGAAAGCUUACGAAGCCGGCGGAGCGGCCUGCUUGAGUGUCUUGACAGACCAGAAAUAUUUCCAGGGCUGCUUCGAGAAUUUGAAGCUGAUCCGUGCUGCCGGAGUCCAAUGCCCUCUGUUGUGCAAGGAGUUCAUCAUCGAUGCCUGGCAGCUCUUUAAUGCUCGCGUCCAUGGUGCGGACGCCGUCCUCCUGAUCGCAGCUGUUCUCCCCGAUCAAGACUUGAAGUACAUGAGCCGGAUCGCCAAGUCAUUGGGUCUGGCUGUAUUGAUAGAAGUACACAGCGAACGAGAGAUGGAUCGUGUGCUUGCCCUUCCAACGGUGGAUUUAAUAGGAAUCAACAAUCGAAACCUUGAAACAUUUGAAGUCGACAUCCAGAAUACUGUACGACUCCUUGAAGGAGAGAGGGGCCAGGUAAUUCGUGACAGAGGCAUUCUCAUGGUGGGCGAGUCAGGCCUUUUCACACCUGCUGACAUAGCAGUCGUCCAAAAUGCUGGCUGUGGUGCGGUUUUGGUAGGCGAAUCGCUGGUAAAACAGGACGACCCGAGGACAGGAAUUGCUGGAUUGUUUGGAAAGGAUAUAUCAAGAAGUCCAAACCCUACUUUGGAAGUUUCUGCUGCCUAAACUUCAAUCCAGUUUUGAAGAAUGUAUUUUGUAUCUUGUCUCAAAGUCUGUGAUCUACAGGGUGUAAGAUAACUGCCCAGUGGCUCAAUCUGUGCUCUGAGAAUCCUGGGAGUUUUGGUACCUUAAAUGUAAGAAUCGCUCUUGGAAAAUGCUUCAAGCAGCCGCGGGUUGUACGUAGUUAGAUAAUAGACCUGUUACGGGGAGAACAUUCAGCAACAAGUCUUGGCUUCACAAGUGAUGUCACCUUCCUAUUGAUUCAGAGUAUAUUCGACCUGCAUUUCGGGACCAGUGAGGCCAAGACUUGAGUAUAUGUAGAUUAUAUCGACACUUGCAAACUGGCAUGCAGUCAAUGAACUCGAAGCUUCUUAGAACAGCGGUUUAUAGGUGACAUCAAGUUGUGCCGCAUGUUUUCACGGCUAGUUUCCGUCAUAGAAGUGAGGAACAUUUUGGCUCUAUUCUUCAAUGGAAUAAACAUCGGCGUCGUACGCCAGUCUCUUAAACGUU